AUGGCGAUCUUCAACAGGAGCUCAAGCUCCUCCGACGGCGCCAGCCCUCACAACAGCGACCCCGAGAAGUAUGGCAAGUCCGAGUACACGACCGGCACCAGCUCAGGACCAGUGCUGGACUCGAACGGUGUUGCAGUGCACACGGACGGCAAUCACCUUCACCGAGGUCUUAAGUCCCGACACAUUACUAUGAUUGCCAUUGGUGGUGCUAUUGGAACUGGUCUGAUUAUCGGUACUGGAAAGGCCUUGGCUCAGUCUGGUCCUGGCUCCAUCCUUAUUGCCUACACAUCUGUCGGUUUCCUCGUCUACAUUGUUAUGACUGCUCUUGGUGAAAUGGCCGCUUGGAUUCCUCACUCUUCUGGAUUCGCCGGUUACGCUACCCGCUUCUGCGACCCUGCUCUCGGUUUUGCUCUCGGCUGGACGUAUUGGUGCAAGUACAUCAUCACAACACCCAACCAACUCACAGCCUCCGCCUUAAUCAUCCAGGAAUGGGUGGACCCGAAGAGAGUCAACCCCGGAAUCUUCAUCCUGAUCUUCCUUGUCCUGAUCUGUGCUAUCAACUACUUCGGUAUCAAGUUCUUCGGUGAACUCGAGUUCUGGCUCAGUUCGAUCAAGGUCUUGGUCAUCGUCGGUGUCAUUCUGCUCUCCUUCAUUCUCGCCGUCGGCGGCGGUCCUGGCCCUGCAACUGGUUUCAAGUACUACAAGAACCCUGGUGCGUUUAGAGAGUACAUCGGUAAAGGUGAUGCGGGCAGGUUCUACGGAUUCUGGAGCUCCCUGGUCAACGCCGUCUUUGCCUAUCUGGGUACUGAGCUGAUCGGUGUCACCGUUGGUGAGGCUCAAAACCCCAGGAAGACGAUUCCAAGAGCCAUCAAGCUUACGUUCUAUCGAAUUCUGUUCUUCUACUGCUUGGCUGUAUUCUUUCUGGGCAUGCUGGUUCCAUACAACUCCAAGGAUCUUGCUUUCGCCAACUCACAGAAGGCAAAAGCCUCCGCAUCACCUUUUGUUGUCGCUAUCAGGAUUGCCGGCAUCAAGGCGUUGCCUGACAUCCUCAACGCAUGCUUCCUGAUCUUCACCUUCAGUGCUUCAAACUCAGAUCUGUACAUCGCUUCGCGUACCAUUUACGGUUUGGCCGAAGAGGGCCACGCUCCCAAGAUCUUCAAAUGGACCAACAAGCGUGGUGUCCCCGUUCCUGCUCUGGCUAUUUCAGCGCUCUUUUGCUGCACCGCCUUCAUGAACGCUGCAGAUGACUCUACGGUCGUCUUCGGUUACUUUGUCAACCUGACCACAAUAUUUGGUCUGCUGUCCUGGAUCUCGCUGCUCGUAUCACACAUUUACUUCGUUCGUGCGCGCCGCGCCCAGGGUAUCACCAAAGACCAGAUGGCUUAUGUUGCACCCCUUGGCCUCUGGGGUUCUUACAUUGCGCUCUUUUUCUGUAUCCUCAUUGCAUUGACCAAGAAUUUCAAUGUGUUCACCAAGGGCAAGGCGUACGGCAACUUUGACUACAAGAACUUUGUCACUGGCUACCUCGGCAUCCCCAUCUACCUUAUCUGCAUUUUUGGCUACAAGUUCUUCAUGAAGUCCAAGGGUGUUAAGCCUCACGAGGCCGACUUCUACACCGGCAAGGACGAGAUCGACCGCGAAGAGGAGGCUUUCGUCGCUCAUCAGGCGCAAAAGAAGCUCGAAAACGCAGGCAAGAAGGAUGGAAGCUGGUUCUACAAGGUGUUCGUUUCCUGGCUGUUUUAA